AUGGCCAGAGUCCAAAGUGAAAUCCAGCAAAUCCUAGCAAGACUCACAGACGUCUAUAUCCGCCAUACGCUCCCAGGACGCGUCUUCCCCUGUCGGCCCUCGGGCCAGGAUAACGCCCAGUUCCAACAAGACAUGAAUCGUCUCCUUAUUCUCCGCGGCAUAACCAGGGAGGGCGAGAUUGCCCACGUGGAUAUGUGGGAACUGUUUCUCGAAGAAUUCGGCCCCAGAAUGCGUGCGUCCAAGCCAUCCCGUCGCUCUGGCAGUCCCUACCCCGGCGCGGCUCUCAGACAUCCUCAUCACCCGACUUCUGCGGCUCUUAACGCUGUUGUUGCUGCUGAUUCUAUUCAUAUGAACGGUACUGCGGGCGGCGAGUGCUGCAGACAGAAUCAGCAGUCGAACUCCUCCGCGUCCCCCUCAGCGACUGCGUCUGUCCCCCUCCCGGGCAGACAUGUCAGGUUCCAAUCACCCCUGCCCAGGCCGCAGCAGAUGGGUCUAUAA